GACAUGUUCUAGUGCGCAUGUACACAAUCUGUUCACUCAAAAAGUUUGCAGACGUGAAAGUGGUGGGGAGGGUGACAAGUAGAUGUUGGUAGAUCAUUGAUGUUUUUAACUUAAUUACUCCGAAAUGUGGUCAUUCUUCUCUAGAGAUCCCACAGCUAACUUCGCGUUUGAGAUCGGAGAUGUGGUGACGGGGCUGGAGGAGAAGUCUAUCUGGACUUUGCACAAGGGAAAACGGAAGGCCAAUGGAGAACCAGUUUCUGUGUUCGUGUUUGACAUUAAGGACUAUAAUGAGACUCAGAUGCAGACGGCCAAAAAUUCCCUGAAAAGACUCAAAACACUUCGUCAUCCCAAUGUUGUUACCUACAUCGACAGCUUAGAGACAGACAAGACAGUGUAUGUAGUAACUGAACCAGUGGUUCCCUUGGUAACAUAUAUAGCAGAGCAAAAACCCAACGAACUGGUCAUCUCCUGGGGCCUGCACCAGAUAGUGAAAGCGUUGAGCUUCUUUGUGAACGAUGUGAAUCUGAUCCACAACAACGUGUGCAGUGCCUCGGUGUUUGUGGACCCUGCCGGGGAAUGGAAGCUGGGUGGGGUGGACUACAUGUACCCAGCCACGGGGGAGGGCAGCAUCCCUCCUGUCAAGAUCCUCCCCGCGCUGGAGAGGUACGACCCACCAGAGAAGAACGACCUGAGCAGAGGGAGGAAGGCAGAGAAAUGGUCCUCUGACAUGUGGGGUCUGGGCUGUUUGAUCUGGGAAGUCUUCAAUGGACCCUUGCCCAGAACAUCAGCACUUAAAGCACUGGGGAAGGUUGGACUUGAUGGAGAAAGUCAAGAAGGGAUUCCAAAGUCCCUGGUGCCCAACUACUGUGAGUUAGUCGGUGCCAACCCCAAAGUUCGUCCCAACCCUGCCAACUUCAUCCAGUCCUGCAGGAAGACAGGAGGCUUCAUGAAGAACAGUUUUGUGGAUACAAACCUGUUCCUAGAGGAACAGCAGAUCAAGGAUCAGAACGAGAAGACAAAGUUCUUCAGUGAGCUGACCCCCAAGCUGGAUGACUUCCCAGACAACUUCUGUAAACACAAGAUCCUGCCACAGCUACUAAAUGCCUAUGAGUUUGGCAAUGCUGGCUCUUCUGUGCUGGCACCUUUAUUCAAGCUUGGCAGACUCCUUGAUCAAGAAGACUACCAGAAGAAAAUAGUCCCAUGUGUGGUGAAGCUAUUCUCAUCUACUGACAGGUCAACAAGAAUCAAACUUCUAAUGCAGAUGGACUUGUUCAUCGAGCACCUGCAACCAGCUACAAUCAAUGACCAGAUCUUCCCUCAGAUUGUUCAUGGCUUCAUGGACACCAACCCUGCCAUCAGGGAACAAACUGUCAAGGCUAUGCUGCUGAUGGCUCCCAAGUUGAACGACAAGAACCUGAACACAGAACUGAUGAAGCAUUUUGCCAGACUCCAGUCCAAGGAUGAUCAGGGUGGCAUCAGAACCAACACCACUGUGUGUCUGGGGAAGAUAGCUUGUCAUCUCAAUCCACAGAUCAGACAGAAGGUUCUUGGCUCAGCGUUCACCCGAGCCAUGAAGGACCCGUUCCCCCCGGCCAGGAUGGCAGGUGUGAUGGCCAUGGCUGCCAACCAGAAGUAUUUCCCUCUGAAGGACGCUGCCACCAAGGCCCUGCCCACACUCUGUCUGCUCACUGUGGACCCAGAGAAGGGGGUCAGGGACCAGGCCUUUAAAGCCAUCAGAUGUUUUGUCGACAGCUUGGAAAAAGUAUCAGAAGAUCCAGAAAUGUUGGCAAAAUUAGAGAGUGAAGUGAACAGCCCAGGUACCACAGACAGCAGUGCGAGUGGCUGGACAGGCUGGGCUGUCGGUGGAGUCAGCUCACUCACAUCUAAACUGUACAGGGGAGGCAACAAACCAGCUCCAACAGCACAGGGCACUCAGCAACCACCUGCAAAGGCUCCCAGUGUAGAGCCAACUCCCAGCCAGCCAGCCAACGCCCCAGCAAGCACCCCACAGGAGCCUGAGGUAGAAGUAGAGGUGGAAGAGAGGGAGUCCCAGGAUGAAGGAGGAUGGGACAAUGAUACAGAAGAGUGGGGCAGCAUGGAGGACUUCUCAGCCCCCAAACCCAGACAGCCUGUCCAGAGAUCUCCCCAGCUGUCCAGACCAGGCAGUACUGCUGUGAAAGCAGGACCCCCAAACCCUGAGGAUGAGAUCUGGGCUGAACUCAAGGGAACAAAACAAGCUCAGGACACCAUGGAGGAUGACUUUGGUACAGAGGAGACUGAAGGUUGGGGAGACGAGGAUGCUUGGGAGAACUUUGAUGUUCCUAAAAAGGCAUCUGCUCCAUCCAAUCCACCAAAAUUGGUCUCCUCCAAUGCUUGGGAUAACGAAGACUGGGGAGAGAUAGAUGACAUCACUACAUCCUCUGCCUUGCCUCCUGCCAGCUCCUACAACUGGGGGGGCAGUGGUGCGGACGAUCCUUUUUCAACCAGCUCUGAUACCAAGUCAUCAAAAUCCUCCAGUGUUUCUAGAAGUUCUAAAAAACAGGAUGAUUGGGGUGAUGUGGACAAUAGCUGGGACUCGUGGGACAGUGCUGGAAGUAGCCAAAGUAAAGAUGAUGCCAGAAGACAGCGGGAAGAGAAGCAGCAGCAGAGACGGCAGGAGAUGGAGAGAAAACGUGCCGAGAAGAAGUCUGGGAAAGGAGCCAUGAAACUUGGAGCCAAGAAAGUUGCUGUGGAUUAAAUGUCAUUAGGUCAUGUGGUAUAAACUGGACUGAUUAAAAAAUGGGGCAGGAGUACAUCAAAAGGAAUGUUUAAAAAAGUUAGGUUAUUGUAUACUUUCCAUAGAUGACACAAUUUGAUGGUGACUCCCAGAUUGUUGGUUUGAAAAGAAUUAUAACCUCGUAACCUACUGUUGCAUUCCACAUAAACAGCAAUUUGAGGAAACUGACCGAAAUGAAGUAGACUAAAACAAAAACAUUACAGACUGACAUAGUCAACUAUAGUGUAAAGUCUGAUGUCCUGUACAGUGUGUAGGGUAGAGAUAUAAGCCAUUUUUAUUUGUAAACCUCAAAGAUUUUAAACAUAGGUAGGGAUUAAUUAAUCCAUGUAAGAAAUAAAAAGUGCUACCAUUUUACCCUGUCACUUUAUCUUAGAAGUAUUCGUGAUAAAUUAUUCCUUUUCCAUUACGGCCAGUGCAUUAUCACAACUUUCCUUGGAUCUACGAAGGAUGGUCUUCCUGGUUCUGUCAUUAUAUUAUUAAUUCUAAAUGUGCAACGCAUUGAUAUAUAGCAGGUUAAAAUUAAGUACCAUGAUGUAUGUGUUCUAUUGCUGGUACAAUAGCACAAUGCUAUCACAAAUGUCUGUCAGGCAACUAAUACACUGUGGAUACAACUAACAUUUCAUAGUGGAAUGUGAAUAGUGUAAGUCUUAAAUGCUUUUAAUCAAUAAUAAAGUGAUCUGUAUAU